UCCCUGUGGCUGAUGCAACUCCCAGCUCCGCUCUCUCUCUCUAGUGUAAAAAAACACGUGUGACAAGGACUCGCCUUCAGACUGGAGCUGAGUGAAAUGUGGCGGGGUUGCUAGGGAGCCGGACUGCUUUAUAUCUUCUGUAUACGGUUUGUUUGAUGACUUUGGUGCUGAUAAUUUCCACUUGAAAUUUAAUAGCUGCAAAUCUCUAUUACUUGAACAUCCAAUGGAAAAGUCUCUAAAUGAUCUAGAAGGCAGUACUGCUGGAGAGUCCCAGCUUGGUCUGCUACCUGCUGAAUCAGUGGCCCGCCCUACAUGGGGCAGUAAAGUGCAAUAUAUUCUUGCUCAAGUUGGCUUCUCUGUUGGCCUUGGGAAUGUAUGGCGGUUUCCUUACCUGUGUCACCAGAAUGGAGGAGGGUCCUUUCUCUUACUGUACUUUCUGCUGCUUCUCAUCAUUGGCAUACCUCUCUUCUUCCUGGAACUGGCAGCAGGGCAGAGUAUUCGCCAAGGCAGCAUCGGAGUGUGGAAGCACAUCAGCCCACGCCUUGCCGGCAUUGGAUUUGCUAGCUGUGUUGUGUGCGGCUUUGUAGCCCUGUACUACAAUGUUAUCAUUGGCUGGAGCCUUUUCUACUUGUUCAAUUCUUUCCACUACCCUUUGCCCUGGGAGAACUGCCCAACGUUACCCAACAUGACGCAGGAAGUAACAGAAUGUGCCAAGAGUUCGAACACCACUUACUUCUGGUACCGCUCAGCUCUAAAUGUUACAAACACUAUAGAAAGCUCUGAGAUGAACUGGCCCAUGACGGGAUGUCUGUGCCUCGCCUGGUUCCUUGUGUGUGGAGGAAUGAUUAAAGGGAUUAAGUCGUCAGGAAAGGUGAUGUAUUUCAGCUCUGUGUUCCCUUAUGUGGUCCUGUUUUGUUUCCUGAUCCGUGGCCUGUUGCUGGAAGGGGCUGCAGAUGGAAUCCGUAUCAUGUUUACUCCAAAGCUGGAGAUCUGGGGGAACAUACAGGUUUGGAGACAAGCUGCUACCCAGGUGUUCUUUGCCCUGGGCCUUGGAUUCGGAAGUGUGAUUGCCUACUCCAGCUACAAUGACCGUCAAAACAACUGCCACUUUGAUGCCAUCUUAGUGUCCUUCAUUAACUUCAUGACCUCGAUUUUGGCCACUCUGGUGGUAUUUGCCGUCCUCGGAUUCCGGGCCAAUGACCUUACUAGGCAUUGUAUUGAUACAAACAGGGAGAAGAUUCUUUACCUGAUAAGCAAUGGAAGCCUCUAUGAGAACAUUGUGCCAAUGAAAAACCUGACUAAUUCAGAAUACAGCCAGUGGUAUGAAAUAACAAAUAACACGUUGAACUUGCAGCAGUAUGGCAUCUCAGACUGCAGAGUGGAAGAUGUAAUGAAUGAGGGUGUAGAAGGCACUGGAUUGGCUUUUAUUGCUUUCACUGAAGCCAUGACACGCUUUCCUGCCUCCCCGUUUUGGUCUAUAUUAUUUUUCCUCAUGCUUCUCAACCUGGGACUUAGCACUAUGUUUGGGAACAUGCAAGGAAUCAUUACCCCUUUGCUUGACAACUUCCCAUAUUUGCGCAAGAAAAAGACUAUAUUCACAGUCAUCUGCUGCAUUACUGGCCUCUUGAUUGGACUGAUAUUUGUGCAACGAUCUGGAAGUUACUUUGUAUCCAUGUUUGAUGACUAUUCAGCCACCUUACCUCUCAUCAUCGUUGUGAUAUUUGAGAACAUAGCAGUGGCUUGGGUGUAUGGCGCAGAAAGAUUCAUGGAUGACAUAGGAGGGAUGCUGGGCCAUCGCCCUUGGAGAAUAUACAAAUACAUAUGGCAGUACAUUAGCAUCCUGGGUAUGAUUGGACUCCUGCUUGCCAGUUUGAUCAGAAUGUGCAUCGAGUACCCCAGGUACCAGGCUUGGAAUCAAGAGCAGGCCAAGAAAGAGAUGCUGGAGUAUCCACCUUGGGCUCUUGGCAUGCUCACCAGCCUGAUCAUAGUGGCCGCCUUACCUAUCCCCAUAGUAUUCCUAAAGCAUAUCAUACAAGACUGGAUACUGAAAUGGAAAACCAAGACCUAUGGUGAUUGCGACUACACCCAGGGGAACACAGUGGAUGACAUGAUUGGGCCAAUAGUUGAGAGUCCUGCAGACCUGGGCUAUGUGGGAAAUGGCUACCUGCCAGUGGAAAUGGAAGACUUUGCAGAAAGAGGGAAACUUACAACUGAAGAAGACUUGGAUGAUGCAGAAGAAGACACUGCAAAUGGCUAAUUCGAGAACAACUGAGCUCUGGGGGAUCAUUCUGGGUUUUGGAAAUGAUGCAGUUUGUUGUGCGAUCAAAGAAGACCUACAAACCAUAAAUAGACUGCAUGACUGCCAGCAAGGCUUCUCUAGAACAAAUCAGUGAUUACUUUAAGAGAAUGCUUCAUGCUGCAUGCUCUAAUAAUGAGAAUGACUGCGCCCAUAUGGAUACAUCAGUAUUUUGUCACCUUACCUCUUCAGCUCAUUAGAUUAUAAGAAAAAUAGUGGCGCUUUUUUCAGCAAGAAAAUGGUUCAGAUAUUUUCCAGAACAACCAUGUUUUCUAAAGCAUGCAGAGUGCAGUAACUCUGAAGCUAGAAAAUGAUUCCAGAAGACGGCACGUGGAGUACUCAGAAGAGGAAAUCAAGUAAUGUUGCACCACUAGCACUUUGAUUGGUCAGUCACAGAAUGGUGAAAUAAUUCAGCUCGUUCUGUUCUGACUGUUUGUUGGACCACAUAGUCAGGGGUUAUACUAAAUGUUAACGUGUGACCCUCGUAAUCCUUGUCUAUACUGCUGGUUAUUUGAAAAAAAAAGUUGUACCCAACUGGUUUUUUUUUUUUUUGUGCUAUAUUUUCUAUAAAACUAAAAGAUAUGUAUGUUGGUGCUUCCUUGAACAUGGACAUUGGAAGGACCAAUUCUCUUCCAUCUCCCAUAAGAUCUGAGCUCAAGACCGAAAAAAGACUUACCCCAGGAAUAGGUCUCUCUGUGUCUUCACGUGUACCUGGAAUUCUAAUACUGUAAAUAGUUGAUAUUUAUGGUUCUGCGUUCAAAAAUAAGAUUUUCUCAUGGGAUGUACAUUUUUGAGAAAGCCUUUGACAGGUUUGUUUAUUUUUAUGCUAUGCAUAACAUUUUUUAUGAUGCCAUAGCAGUUGUGUUUUUUUGGAAUGAAUAAUCGGUUACAUUAAACGCUCUGUGAGGCCAUAGUCAACUUGGGAAUUGCGGAUUGUAAUAGUGUUUCGUUGUCAUGGCUGGUCUUAGAGCUACAGUCCUAGUAAUCAUAGGUCCUAAGUGCCAUUGAGGUUUUAUACUGAAGUAGUACAGUCCUUUUUGGAACUGGUCGAUUCAUGUUUUUGUAUCCAAGCAGGUUUUUCACUACUACAAAACUACACGCUAACGAGAAGAUUUUCUCAUUAGAUGUACAUUUUCAAGAAGACCCUUGACAGGUAUGUUUUUUUUUUUUUUUUUUUUUUCAUGCUAUGCAUAAAUUUUAAAUGAUGCUAUAGCAGUUGUUUCUUGGAAAGGAACAGUCCGUUACAUUUUAGAUUCUUUUUGACUUGCCAUAGUCAACUUGGGAAUUGCGGAUUGAAGUUACAGUUUCACUGUCAUGAUCUGGUCUUAGAGUUACAGUCCUAGCAAUCAUAGGUCCUAAGUGCCAUUGAGGUGUCAUACUCAAUCAUACAUACAAUCAUUUUUGGAACUGGAUGAUUCAUGUUUUAUGUAUCGAAGUUUUUCCCUUAUACAAAACUACACAUGUAGACAAGGGAAUUAAGCUCUGUUAAACAGAUGUUUUUUUUUUUUAAAUGCUGUUUCUGUGAAAGAUUUCCAAAUGUUGAGGAUUACCCAAUUCCCACUUAAGAAAGUUAUUUGAACACUUCCUUGUCACCUAUAGGUAAAGCCUAUAUUGGGAGUUAAUUUACAGCUAACUUCUUUAAAAAUAACAAAAACUUCUAAGGGUUUUGGCACACAGGGCCCCAUGCGGCAUUGCCAUAAAGGUUUUCCAUUGUCUGCUCUUGAAAAGUAAAAUUUUAUUUGUCUAUUUGCUACUUUGUUCUUUACUAUGUGAGUUUCUAAAAUAGAUUAUAUAUAUAUAUAUUUAAAUUUCAAGCUACAGAAAUUGAGCAGUAUCUUAUUUAACUUCAAGCACACUCAUAGCUGUUACGUUUAAAUUGGAAGAAAAUAUUUUUUUAUUUAUUUUGAAUUUAAUUUCCAGUGUGCCAGUUUAUUAAUAAAGUUGUUUCAAGUUGG